AUGGCCACACAAAUAAACAUUAAAAAAGCUGGUAAAGUAAAAAAUCAAACACCUAAAGUAGCUAAGCAAGAAAAACAGAGAGCCAAAACAGGAAGAUGUGCAAAUAGAAGGAAAUUUGAAGCAAGAUUAGAAAUGGGAUAUUUUGAGUGUAAUGGAAAGAUGAAGUUAAAUCUUAAAGCAUAA